GUCGCGGCUUCCGGUGCUAGGUGGAGGGAAGCAAGGAGGGAGCCGGGGAGCGGGCCAGGGGAGCAGCCGCGCCGAAGUCGGCUUGGGGAGCCGGGGGGAGCGGAGCGACAGCCGAGCGGAAGCUGUGGGGCGGAGGCGGCGGCCGCAGCGGCGCAGCUGGGAGCAGGAACAGGAAGUACCAGGAUUCCCGGAACAGAAAAUGGAGCCAUUGCUUACGCCAAUCCUUUGAGAGGAGGAGGGGGAGGUGGAGUUCCCUGUGAAAACGGGCCACUUGAUUAGCAAAGUGGUAGCUGUUAUUUUGGGGAGUUCCCUGCUUUCUGGGUUGUAUUACUGCGGGUCUUCAUCUGUCCAGGCCAGGAAGAGUGUGGUGGUGGAGGUGGAGAAGUGUGGUAUGUGGUCAGGAGUGAAAAGAAAUAGUGAGGUCAUCCGGGUGAGGGAGAAAUGAAACCUAAAACCUGUUUCUGCUGCUGUUGGAUUGGGUCACCCCUUCUGUGGCAUGAAAGUUUUAUUGGGAGGAGAUAUGCUGCAGGAGUCUGAUUGCUUGGGUCAGUGCAACGGGACAGAAUCUAGUCUCUGCAUACCUCCUUUUCUGUCCCCAGUCAGAAGUCUCAGGGAUCAAGUCCUCCAUAGCAGGGGCCAGGCCAAAACCAGACUGCCACUGUCCCCACUUGGGCCCCACAGUCCUCAGCAGCUGCUGUGAUCAUGGGCAAUAUUUUUGGAAACCUCCUCAAGAGCCUCAUUGGGAAGAAGGAGAUGCGCAUCCUGAUGGUGGGCCUGGAUGCUGCAGGGAAGACUACCAUCCUGUACAAACUGAAACUGGGGGAGAUUGUCACCACCAUCCCUACCAUUGGGUUUAAUGUGGAGACAGUGGAGUAUAAGAACAUCAGCUUCACAGUGUGGGAUGUGGGUGGCCAGGACAAGAUUCGGCCCCUCUGGAGACACUACUUCCAGAACACCCAAGGGUUGAUAUUUGUGGUGGACAGCAAUGAUCGGGAGCGAGUAAAUGAGGCCCGGGAAGAGCUGAUGAGGAUGCUGGCAGAGGACGAGCUCCGGGAUGCUGUGCUCCUUGUCUUUGCAAACAAACAGGAUCUGCCUAAUGCUAUGAAUGCUGCUGAGAUCACAGACAAGCUGGGCCUGCAUUCCCUUCGUCACCGCAACUGGUACAUUCAGGCCACCUGUGCCACCAGUGGGGACGGGCUGUAUGAAGGCCUGGACUGGCUGGCCAAUCAGCUCAAAAACAAGAAGUGAGAGCCAGGCAGCCCUAUCCGAGCGCCCCGCCCACCCCUGUCGUACCUACUGUUUCCCUACCCCAGCCCUUCCCCUUUCUCCCUAUUGCAAGUAUGGCCAGGGCCUGGGUAUCAUGUCCGCAUGCCCUACAAGAGCCUUGCCUCUCCCCUGCCUUCCCUCUCCCCUGUCCACUGAUAUGACCAGUCCCCAAUUGCUGUCCUGAUGAUGAGUCAUUCCAAUUUACUGGAUUUAAAACAAAAACAAGGUUGUUAUGGUUU